AUGUCGCCGUCUUUGUUGUGCGCGCCGCCGCCGCCGCAACCGUUGCCGCCGUCACCGCCGCCGCCGCCGCCGCUGCCGACCGUCGCCGCCUCCAGCUGCAGACCCGCAGUCGAUGCGCUGGCUGUGAAGCUGCGCAAAGUGCUGCCCGACGACGGCGGCAGCGACGGCGACGGCGGUGGCGGCGGCAGCGGUGACGGCGGUUCCUCGCGGCGGCGGUUGUUCCUCGCCGCGGCGGCAGAUUGCCUCGCCACUUCCGGCUAUGCGUCGCGCAGGGGAUAUCGAAGGAGGCUUACACGUGCAAAAGUGCUGAGGAUGCUGACGCCGAGGCGAGCGGGGCCGGUGGGCCCCGAGGAAAUCGGGGACGGACCCGGUGACAAGGGCGCGAGCGGCGGGGCGAGCGGCUCAGUCACCCCGGGCGGCUCCUACGAGAACGGCGACAACUCGAAGGAGUUCAUGUCGACCGGAAGGACCGGCAGGAGGAACGCGCUACCGGACAUCCUCGGCCGACACGCCGAGACCGGCCUGUCCGACCUAUCGGAUCGUUUCGAGGAAAUGUCCACCCACACAGAUCAUUCUACCAACAGCGGACAGGAUCCGAGCAUACCGAGCACGUCGAAGCAGCACGGCUGACAUGCCCGUGAGGCUUCGUAGCGGAUCUGGCUAUCGCGACACUGGGCCUUCCCAUUACCGACGACGACGACGACGACGACGACGACGAUGACGACGACGAAAGCGCGAUUUCGCGACGGAAGAGCACGUUUUUGUGAACGAAGUUCCUCUCGAACGCUCUCUUUGGCUCACGUUAUUGGAUAGAAUGUAUCGAUGAACGACUUGACGCGCGUAAACGAAUCGUCGUCUACGCAUCGACGCCUGCUACGGCAUGUUAGAAAAUAUUUGACGGGAGGCUGACAGAGAGCUCGGGCUCGAAGGGAAUCGAAGGGAAAAUGGAAGGUUUCACUCGCAGGAAAUCGUAUAAAAUCGUAAAUUGUAAGGUUUGCUCUUGACUUUGCAGGUAAACUUUGCAAAUUAUGGAUUUUAUCUCGUUUGUACAAUGAAUUUUUCGAAUAGCACUCAAAGGGGAACCAAUGAUUUUAUGCCGUUAAGGUAAGAUCUGAUCCGCGACUCGAAUAAAGAGGUACCAACGGAAUUGCAGACAAUUUCGUCAGACAGAAAGUCCAAGUAGCUUGCGCGGAAUGUUAGACUCAUGCACGUUUAUCUCGAAAUUAAAAGUGAGUUGUACUUUGACUCACGGCCAGUGAACGAAAGCAGAUAAAUAAAUGCUGAAUUAUCUAUAAUUUCACACUUUUAUUUCCUCUUCUUUUUGAAAUGCGAGUCAAAGAUGAAAUGUGAAGAAUGUCUUUUCAGCAUUUUCUACGUUAAAUAAUUGACAAUUUUAUCAUAUUAUUCACAUAUUACUGUCUACUCUGUUAGAAUUAAAGCAGAAUUCCGUAUUAAAACUGGCAAAGUAAAUAUUGAAGCAGCUAAAUUUGCUAAAUGUGAUAUGAUAUUUGGCUCGACUCUGGCUUAGUUAAUAACUAUGCUAUUUAAAAAAUACGGCGGUUAUGUAUGCAUGUGUGUGUAUAUGUUUGUGCAUGCGAUACGUAUUUUUAA